UUGAUGGUGCAUGCAUCCUUAAAAAAUAAAGAAAUAAAUAAAAAAAAUGAUAGUGGCGCAUAUGUUUUGUUUUGUUUUCGCUUUCGAUAUUAUAUUUGCACAUGGUUUCUGCUUUUGUCAUUAUUAUUGCACAUGUAACAAUGAUUCUUCUCCCCAUAUUUCUCAGCCAAUUAGCAAUUAUUCUUUAAUUUAUAAGCUCUGAAAAUUUUGAUUGUAGGAUAUUAAAAAUUUCUUAAAGCUUGCAAUGUCUGACCCUAGAACAAUCGACCCCUACCAAAUUCUGAAGAUUGCACAGAAUGACGACGGAACAAUCACUCGACUGUACAAAUUUCCGGAAUCACCCGCUGCACCUGAUCAUCACCCCACUCAUGUAUCAAGUGGUGCACCUAUAGUUCUUUCCAAAGACAUCAUCCUUGACCAAUCAAAAUCCACCUGGUUCAGAGUUUACAUACCCCGGAGUGCACUGGAUAAUAAUCUACGACUACCUGUCGUCAUCUAUUUCCAUGGAGGUGGGUUCAUCCUUUGUAGUGCAGCCUAUACACUACCUCAUAAUUACGUUUUCAACUUAGCUGCAGAAAUCCCUGCCAUCGUAGUUUCCGUCAACUACCGUCUUGCUCCGGAGCACCGUCUACCGGCGGCGUACGAAGAUGCCAUGGACGCGCUGUACUGUAUCAGAACCUCCGAAGAUGAUUGGUUGAGAAACCAUGCUGAUUUGUCUAACUGUUUCCUCAUGGGGGAGAGUGCUGGAGGAUCAAUAGCUUACCAUACUGGGCUUCGGGCCGCGACGGAGGCCCAAAGUCUACGGCCCAUAAGGAUUCGUGGCCUGAUAUUACAUCAGCCGUUCUUUGGUGGGGUCCAGAGAUGUGGGUCAGAGUUGAGGUUAGUCAAUGACGCUAUUCUUCCGCCUUGCGUUACUGAUUUGUUGUGGGAGUUGGCUUUGCCGCUGGGGGCUGACCGUGAUCACGAGUAUUCUAAUCCAACGGUGGAUGGUGGAUCAAAAGCCUUGAAGAUUAUCAAGUCAUUGGAAUGGAAGGUGAUGGUGACGGGGUGGGAUGGCGACCCGCUUUAUGACCGUCAGAUUGAAUUGGGGAAAUUGCUUGAGAAAAUGGGUAUAAAGGUUGAACAUCACUUUGGUGUUGGAGGGUGUCAUGGGAUUGAGAUGGUUGAUUCUUCUAAGGCAAAGCUACUCAACUUGGCUAUUCAAAAUUUCAUGUGUUCUUAAAGAUUACAUGGGGUUAAUAUCUUUAAUUUUCAUUUAAAAUAUAUCUAUUUUGUGAUGUGUUUAAUGUUUAAGUUUCACCUUUGCAAUGCAGAUUAUAUAUUUUAUUUUCUUAAAAUGCACUAAGUAUUUGAGUAUUGUGAGAUACCAUUCGUUAGCAAUAGAUUCCUAACUAGUAGAUGUAAUUAUACUUCGCGCAGUUAUAUAAUAAAAUAAAUAUAAAUUUUAGUUUUGUGUAUUAAAAA